AUGAAAGCAAAGGGGGUGCAGGGUGGCUCUCCCCAGCUGCAGUUGAGCGGGAGGAGAGACUCUCACACGCCGCCGCAGGGCCCCGGCGCCGGGCCCGGCUCGUGGGCCGGCGCGGCGGAGCUCAAGCCGGUGCGGCGCUUCAUCCCGGACUCCUGGAAGAACUUCUUCGCCGGGAAGCGCCAUAACGGCUCCGAGUGGGACAGCACGGCCUCCGACAUCAAGUACAUCUCGGACGGCGUGCGCUGCUCGCCGCCCGCCUCGCCCGCCGCCUCGUGGCGCCCGGGCAGCAGCGGCGGCGCGUGGCGGGGCGAGGCGGAGGCCAUGCUGCCCGCCGAGGCCUACAGCAGCAUGGUGGACGCGUACCGGCAGCGCUACGCCUACAUGAAGUCCUGGGCCGGGCUGCUGCGCGUGCUCGGCGUGGCCGAGCUGCUGCUGGGCGCCGCCGUCUUCGCCUGCGUCUCGGCCUACGUGCACAAGGACAACGAGUGGUACAACGUGUUCGGCUACUCRCAGCCCUACGGCCUCACCGGCGGCGGCAGCGCCUACGGCGGCUACUCCUACAGCGGCCCCAAGACGCCCUUCGUGCUGGUGGCCGCCGGCGUGGCCUGGAUCGUCACCGUGGUGCUCCUGGUGCUCGGCAUGUCGCUCUACUACCGCACCAUCCUGCUCGACUCCUCCUGGUGGCCCCUGACCGAGUUCGGCAUCAACGUGGCCCUCUUCUUCCUCUACAUGGCCGCUGCCAUCGUGUACGUGAACGACGCCAACCGCGGGGGGCUCUGCUACUACCCGCUCUUCAAGACGCCCAUCAACGCGGCCUUCUGCCGCGUGGAGGGCGGCCAGACGGCCGCCAUCAUCUUCCUCUUCGUCGCCGUCGUGGUCUACCUGAUCAGCGCCGUGGUGGCUCUGAAGCUCUGGCGGCACGAGGCGGCCCGCAGGCACAGGGAGCUGAUGGAGCGGGAGAUGAAAACGCAGUCGUCUUUAGCAGAACGGAAAUAUGAUGGUGUUGACAGACCAAGCGAAGAGGCCACUUACAGGCAGCUUAAAUCAGUGGAAAUGAAGCCUGAACAACUGAAUGGUCAUAUACCUGCGGGCCACAUUCCUAAGCCUAUCGUGAUGCCAGACUACUUAGCGAAAUACCCAGCAAUUCAAACAAAUGAGAUGCGGGACCGAUACAAAGCGGUAUUCAAUGAUCAGUUUGCUGAAUAUAAAGAACUCUCAGGCGAAGUUCAUGCUGUGUUAAAGAAGUUUGAUGAGCUGGAUGCAUUGUUGAGAAAACUGCCUCAUAAUCCUGGAAACCUACAUGAACAGGAAAGGAUAUCAAGAGUUUUGCAGGAAUACAGGAAGAAAAAAAAUGAUCCCACAUUUCUGGAGAAAAAGGAACGUUGUGAAUAUCUGAAGAAUAAGCUUUCUCAUAUAAAACAACGAAUUCAGGACUAUGAUAAAAUUAUGAACUGGAAUGUACAAGUUUAGCAUUUCCUGGACUGUGAGGAUAUUGUUUUAUAUUUUUUUAAAUAGAAAUACAUUUUUAAAGUAUUUAUUUACUUUCAGAAUUUCCUGUGGGGAAAACAAUUGCCGCCUUAAUCACUUUGUCAUUUACUUGAAUACUGUGCAUUUCCAAUAGGUUUUGCAUUCUGAUGCAAUUUUAAGUCAAUCUAAUGAAGUUAGCAGAUGAAUUUAGAAAAUCUGUGUUAAUAUUAUCCUUUUUAUUAGACAGUGCACAGUCAGUCCUCUUAUAUAUGUACACUUUUCUAUUUGCAAGUAUUGUAUUUUCUAUCAGAGAAAGCAGAAAGUUGAGCUGAUGCUACUGGCUGGGGUUUGGUAGAGUACUUAGUUUUUGAAUAGUUUUGAUAAGUCAGAACUGAGUUUAAUAAAUCUGUUUGUGUCUUCAUAUGCUGUGCUAUAUGUGAGAAAUUAUUGUGGAUUUCAUUCAACAAGAGCUGCAAAAUAAGUUCCUGUUUAAGCAAGCACGGCAUUAUAGGGUUUUUGUCUUGAUUUUUUUUUUUUGUUUUAAAUGCUCUUCUAUAGAGGUGAUGUAGUGAAUUUAUAUAUGAUCUUAAAGGUAUAGAGAUGCAGGAUUAGACCCUGUCAAUUUUCCCCUAGUAUUCACAAAAAUGGUGUGUUUUGCCUUUUUAAUCAACUUAGUGGGAAGAUUCCAUGGGCCUAAAAGAAAAAUGUAUUUUUGCUCUUUGUGAGGAGUGGGAGUUUUUGUUUAGGACAAUUUUAAGAUUACCUAGUUGCAGUUGAUUGUGAACUCUGAGAUUGAGUAGAACAAAAUUAAUCGAGUAGAACAAAAUUAAUUCCCAAUUAAAAUAGCAAUAAAGAUCUCCUGUAAGGUCAGGUGAAAUACUUCGAUAUGCUUUCUAGAGAUUUGUGUAAUAUAUGCUGGGGUUAAAUAGGUUUGCACUGAGCAAAUGUUGUCAUAAUAAUUUUCUAUUUUAUGUCAUUCUUCAUAUCCUUGUAUUUACUUUUUACUU